UUUAAUCUAAUAUUAAUAAUAGUCGAUGAAAACAGGAAAGAUAAUAAUUAACAUAAAAUCUAAAAGUGAGUUAGGGUGACAGUAAUUGACAUUAUGCAUAAACUAUAACAUUAUGUGUAUUGGUACAAUAGUUUAUCAAUGUUAAUAUUUCAUUAUGGAAACGGAGUAACAAUAGCGAUCCAUUUGGCAUUUGAUACAAAGUACCUACUAACAUAACAAACCAAUAGGCAUUGUAAAAAUACUUUUGAAAAUAUUUUUACCACUGUUGAUGUUUUUGAAAUACAAACAUAAGUUAUUAGCUAAUUGAUAUUGAAUAAACACUAUUAUCAAAAUGCAAAAGUCUCAAGAAGAGAUUGUUCGUACUUUCUUCGCUCAGUUGUCUCAAUCUAAUUAUGACAAAGCAAAAGAUUUCAUGGAGAAACAACGUUCAGUAUCUUUAAAUAAUGUUUGGCCCAAAUCACUGUUUGACAUCCUGUGUGAUUUUGCCUUGGCUGAAAAAAACUAUUCCGAUACUAAUUUUGAACCUGCAAAAAAUAAAAUGCUUGCACGGAAGGAAGAUGAAAACUAUCUUGAUUUUGUGUAUAAAACCUUAUUUCAAGACCUUGAAAAGCUUCAAGCUGAGGUUGAUGAUAGUUUUGUCACAAAAUUGAUUACUUCACUUCUGUACUAUAUAUCCGUUAGACUCGAACUCCUUAAAUUUUAUGAUAAACUUUAUGAAAUUGGAUUAUCUAACAAUUACAUCAAUUUUGGUGAGUUAGUGGAAAUUGUUGAAAGGAUCCAAAAUGAAUUUCAGAAUCUACCACCUGUUGAUGGAGUACUUAGAAUAUUACAUUAUGAACUUGAUUGCAUGAAACAUUUAUUCAAAUGCCAUGAACAUUUACAAAACUGGUUGUAUUUAGAAUCAUUGCUUAGCUUGAAGAAAGGAAGUGAUGCAAUUAUAUUAUGGGAAAAAUGUUAUCAAAACAAAGAGACUUGGAGAUUUGGCUCAUUAUUUAUGAGUAAAAAUACUUUACCUGCAUUGGUUUUAUGGUUCAAAAGGUUUAAACUUAUGACAGUUUCAAAAUUUACAUUAUAUUUUUAUGGAGUACUUUUACAACAAUCAACAUUACAAGAAAUGAAAAAUAUAUGUAAUAGUUGCAAUCUACAAUUUUUUACUAAGAUGCAACAAUUGCAAAAAAAAUCUGAAGCUCAAUGUGUGUUAUUGGUAUUUGAUACAUCUGAACUCUCUAAUUAUAGAGGUCCUGGAUAUUGGAGUCCUGUUAGAGAUUUAGUGGAUCCAUAUAUUAAAUAUCAAAUAAUGUUAAGUUUUCCAAAGGUUCCGGUUAAAUUAGAUGUAUUAGAAAAAAUAAUAUCAGAAAAUAAUAACAAAGAAAGCACAAUGAAUAAAAUUGAAUUGAUUACCCUGGAAAAUGUUGCAUAUUUAUUAAUGAGAGUGGAUGUAAGGAUAACAUUUAUCAUGUUUUAUACAAGUAAACCCAAAAAUGAAGAAAGAGAAAAAGCAAAUGCAUUUGAAUUUGUUUCACAACUUCGGUGUCAUAGACUUUUUACUUCAGUCAAUAGAUAACAUUUGUUAAUCUCAUAUGUUUUGAUUAAAUUUUUAAGUAAAAUUAUAAAAACAAAUUUAUUAUAAAACACAUGA